AUGGUCGCAGACUAUUUAGGUCCUUUGGACCUCUUGAAUUUGAUUCAGGGCAUUCCCCACCUCGCCCCCCUUCUCAAUUCUCAGCAUAUCCAGGCCCAGGACGAUAAUGGACGCACCAUAUUGCAUCACGUUGUGGAACAAGGGCUUGAAAACCUCCUUAAACCUCUCACAAAAUGGAUCCCGCACAGCUCCGUCCCUGACAACGCAGGAUGGACACUCCUUCAUCAAGCGGUCAGGAACAGUGAUGAACGGAUGACAAAAGCUCUGGUUUAUGCAGGUUUGGAUAUAUCAGCCAAGGACAAUGGAGGAAGAACUGCCCUUCAUUUCGCAUGCGAUGUUGAUGAAGUUGGGAUUGCCCAGUUCCUCCUGGACCACGGAGCAAACCCGUCCGCGGCGGAUUACAACGGACGCACUCUCUUGCCUAACACGGAUCGACGUUGCUCAGUAAUCCACGAGAGGCUGUGGAAAGCCGGCGCCGUCUUUCGCUCCCCACCGAUGCCCCGGCCGAUGCCACGAGGUUUGACCCCUCUUUUUUAUGCAGCCUGGCUGGGUCGAGAAGACACUACCAGGAUCCUUCUCGAGGCUGGAGCAGAUCCUUCGAUUCAAACAGAGAGUGGCGAGACCGUAUUGCAGCGAGCUGUUUCAGGAAACCACACUAACAUCGUGCGGCUCUUACUUGAUGCUGGCGUUGAUGUUAAUGUGCGAGAGUCUCUUCAUGGCCACACCGCCCUGCUGAAGGCUGCGCAUUGGGGAGCAGAUGACUCCCUUCGACUUCUCCUCAAGGCCGGGGCGAACGCUUCAGCAGUGGGCUACGAUGGACGCAACGCACUGCAUUUAGCAGCUACGAUGGGCCACAAGUCAACUAUCAAGCUGCUUCUAAAAGAAGGAGUCAACAGUUCUGCACAAGAUAGUCAGGGCUACACUCCGCUGGACUGGGCAGUUGCAAGCGAGAAUAAAGGAAUCAUUCAAAUCCUAGAAGAUGCAAAUAAGAACCCAUUUUUGAGGCUUGUGCAUCAAAUGUGCGGCGAAUGUUACUCUAAAAACCAAACUGUAAAUGAUUAG